UCCAAAAAAAAACAAUCCCAAAAAUCUUUACCUUCCAUUUUUCCCUUCACUGUAUAUAUAUCUAUAGGGAAGGCAUACAGCAUUAGACUCGUUUUUCAAUAAUUCCUCUCAAAAUGGAGUCUCGAAGAUGUCUCUGCGUCUUGUGGGCUUUGCUUGCUGGCUACUUGUUCACUUCCUCUGCGGCCUAUAAUAACAGCUUCGAUGUGGGUGGCAGAGAUGGCUGGGUUACAAACCCCUCUGAGAGCUACAAUCACUGGGCUGAGAGAAAUCGAUUCCAAGUCAAUGACUCUCUUGUUUUCAAGUACAAUAAUGGGUCAGACUCUGUGCUGCUUGUGACGAAAGACGAUUACAACAGUUGCAAAACGAAGAAGCCUCUCAAGACCAUGGGUUCUGGUUCCUCUGUGUUUCAGUUCGACAAGUCUGGUCCCUACUUUUUCAUUAGUGGAAACGAAGAUAAUUGUCGAAAGGGGCAAAAACUGACCGUUGUAGUCCUUUCUGCUAAACCAAAACAAGCCCCUACGCCGGUGUCACAGCCCCCAGCUAUGUCCCCUAAAGCUCCAUCCCCGGGAGCGCAUAACAAUCCAUCUCCAGCGCCUUCAAAAUCUCCAUCACCAAGUGCAGAACCGCCAGCCUCGUCUCGAGGACCAUCAUUGUCACCUGUCUCCCCAGCACCAAUUUCCAAGACUCCAAGCGGUUCUCCUCUCGAGGCUCCAGGUCCAUCGCUAGUGCCUGUAAAGUCUUCACCGCCAAGCGCUGAUACACCGACAUUGGCUCCAUCACCAACUAGUAACGCUCCGACUGGGCCAGUUCCUGCAAAGUCUCCAUCACUGAGCGCUAGCUCACCAUACUUGGCUCCGUCACCGUUUAGCGAUGCUCCAACCGGGGCUCCAGGUCCAUCACCAGUGGCCAUGACACCACACAUAUCACUAGUGCCAUCAGGGUCACCAGCAUCGGCUCCAGGAUCAGAAAUCUCUCCAUCUCCUUUGACUAAUCCGCCUGCACCUUCACAAUCACCAGAAUCCCCAUCUCCAUUGGCUAGCGCUCCUGUUGUUUCUCCAAUCCCAGCAAAAUCUCCAUCUUCAUCAACUCCAACACCCAAGACAAGUUUUACGCCAGCACAUUCACCCAACUCCAAUGGGGCAGACCUUGCCCCUGCUCCUGCUGCUUCUUGCGUUGCAACUCCUUCAACUGUCAUGGUGAUUGUGGCUUCUUUUCUUAUUGGUUCUGUUAUUGGUGUCUGGCCUUGAAGAGAGAAUAAACUCAUCUGUGUUCCAAAGUUUUUUUAAGUUUUUGGGCUUAAUUAAGUUUUAUUGCAGAAAUUUAUUAGAACAUGGGUGGAUUUUAUUUUGAUAUAUAUGUAUGAUCAGUCCUACUAUAAUUUUGAUUCAUCUGGUAUUAUUUUGAUA